AUGCAUAACGCCGUUGCCGAGAAUGUUUUAGGAACGAUAGGUACCAUCCUUUGGUGCAUACAGUUAGUUCCACAGAUAAUCAGAAACUUUAGAGUGAAAAACUGCCAUGGGUUACCUCCCACAAUGAUGUUUUUAUGGGCAGCAAGUGGUAUACCAUUCAGUAUCUACUUUAUUGGUAUUGAUGGUUCCAUUCCUUUACGAAUCCAACCACAACUAUUUACCUUCUUUUGUUUAGUCACAUGGGUCCAAGUUUUAUAUUACCCUCCUGUUCAGAUGUCCAGGAAGAAACUCGUGUUGGUUGUUGGGGCAUUUGUACUUGUUAGUGUCGGUUUGGAACUUGGGUUUAUCCUAUGGUUGAGACCAUUACACAGACGUGGCAUUACCUGGCCAAUGUUGAUUAUAGGAAUCAUCGCUUCUAUAUUAUUAGCCAUUGGAUUGAUUCCACCAUAUUUCGAAUUGGCAAAGAGAAAGGGAAGGGUGAUCGGAAUCAAUUUUGUAUUUCUCACGAUGGACUCUCUUGGUGCUAUCUUUUCAUUACUUAGUAUUGUUGUUGGAAAAUUUGACAUAUUGAGUUGCAUAUUGUACGCAGUUGUUAUUGCACUUGAACUUGGAAUAUUUACAAGCCAUUUGAUAUGGUGGUUAAGAUUUGGCAAAGAUGCACCAAAGGAAUCAGAACUUUUGGAAAUGGAAGCACAAGCAAAAGAACGCUCCUCUUUGGACGACGAGAAACCAAAAUCAGAUACAGAGGUAGAUAUAGAGACAUUCGCUUCAGGCGAAGAUGCAUGA